GGGUCGGUAGCGAGCGGCCCGCAGCCAUGGCCGCUGCCAGGCUGUGGCGGCUGGGGCGGCCGCGGAGCGCGGCCCUCAGCAGCAGCGCCGCGGCGGGCGCCUCGCCCGAGGGGCUGACGGUGCGGCGGCAGGCGGGGGGCGUCCGAAACAUUAUCUUGAGCAACCCGAGGAGGAGAAACGCCCUGUCCCUCGCAAUGCUGCAGUCCCUCAGGGCGGACCUGCUGCACGACGUCAAAAGCAAAGACCUCCGAGUUAUCAUCAUUUCAGGUACUACCGCCAUUGAAGGCUCAUGGAAGAGAGCGGGAGAGCGGGAGAAGGAGCAGAAACGCGCUGAAGGACCUGUAUUUUGUUCUGGCCAUGAUUUAAAGGAACUGUCAAGUGAAGAUGAUGUGAAGCACCAUUCCCUAGUAUUUGAAAUAUGUGCUGAGGUUAUGACUUUAAUCCAGAAACUUCCAGUACCAGUGAUUGCCAAAGUGAAUGGCUUGGCUACAGCAGCAGGCUGUCAGCUUGUGGCAAGCUGUGACAUAGCAGUGGCAAGUGAGAAAUCUCAAUUUGCUACUCCUGGAGUAAACAUUGGACUGUUUUGCUCCACACCAGCUGUGGCCUUGGGCAGAUCUCUUCCAAGGAAGGUGGCACUAGAGAUGCUUUUCACGGGUGAACCUCUUUCUGCCCAAGAAGCAUUAAUGCACGGGCUUGUCAGCAAGGUGGUACCAGAGGACAAGCUGGACGAAGAGACCAGGAAAAUCUCUCAGAAGAUAUGCGAAAGCAGCAAAUCCAUCCUGGCACUGGGGAAAGCCACCUUUUAUAGACAGAUCACACAGGACCUGGAUACUGCUUACAAAAUGACUACCCAGGUCAUGGUAGACAAUUUGACUUUGAAAGAUGGGCAGGAAGGUAUUGAAGCCUUUAUUCAGAAACGUAAGCCUGUCUGGUCACACUCGCAGGAUCAGAAGAAAUGAAUCUUGUUUCUAAGCUCACCUUACCUGUGCGUUAUGAUUCUUCACACAGUUGCCUUUGGGAACUAUAUUUUUAGUUCUUACUGAAAGUUCUUCUGUCCUUGCAUAUGCCAAAGACAAAAAAAAUUAUUCUAAGUGUAUAAUAAAUGCUAAG